AGUACCGCCAAGAAGAAGUGCACAGGUUCAUAGUGGACUGCAUGACCUCCGUGGCCACGCCUACUCUCCAGGCAAGUGCUCUGGCUGACCUCCUCGUCGCUGCUGACCUCCGUGGCCACUUCACCCACGGACUCAAUAGAUUAGAAAUGUACGUAAACGACAUGGUGAAGAAGGUGUGUGCCGGGGACGCCACGCCCGUUAUCAUAAAGGAAAGUGUCUCAACAGCCUUGGUAGACGGAAAGAACGGCUUGGGUCCCGUUGUGGGUAAUUUCUGCAUGGACCUCGCCAUCCAGAAGGCUAAGCAGACCGGGGUUGGUUGGGUCUGUGCCAAAGGCAGCAACCACUACGGAAUAGCUGGCUGGUAUGCAAUGACGGCCUCCAAACAAGGACUCAUGGGAAUGAGUUUCACAAACACGUCAUCGCUCGUCGUCCCAACACGAGGCAAAAAGGACUGUGCUAUACGAACAAACCCCAUUGCCCUGGCUGCCCCGGGAGAGAAAGGGGACGACUUCGUUCUCGAUAUGGCCACCAGCGUCGUCUCUGGCGGGAAGGUGGAGGUGGCGUGCGUGAAGGGCGAGGACGUCCCUGCGGGCUGGGCGCUGGACAGGGACGGAGCCCCGACCACGAACGCCGAGAGGGCGCUGGACGGCUACCUGCUCCCCCUCGGAGGCGACGAGACCCACUCGGGCUACAAGGGCUUCGGUCUCGGCAUGAUGGUCGAGAUCUUCUGCGGCAUUCUGACCGGAGCUCCAUACGGGUCCAACAUCCGGGACUGGACCAGGACAGACCGACCAGCUGACCUGAGCCAAUGCUUCGUCGCAGUUGACCCGUCCUUCUUUGCACCGGGUUUCGAAGGCCGCAUGACAGACCUCAUGAACCACUGUCGCAACAUGGAACCGGAAGCCCCACAGAAGCCCGUCCUAGUAGCAGGAGACCCGGAGCGACUGCACAUGCGCAAGGUGGAGCAAGAAGGUGGAAUCACGUAUCACAUCAACCAGAUUAAUAACUUGUGGAAGUUGGCAAAGUAUCUCGACGUCACUCCAUUGCAGCCUUGAAUGGGGUAACCGAGCUCGAUUUUUGAGAAGCGAUCCCGUGUCACUGACAAGCCCUUUCAUCACUGGAUAUAUGAAUAAACAAGGC